AUGGUGACAGAGAUCAGAGGUGAACUGAAUGAUAGUUCUCUAGUGGAGGAGAUCCAACAGUCCCUGAGAUCAGGAAGUCUCUCCACAGAUAAACUGUCUCCUGCUCAGUGGUCAGCUCUGGUCUUCAUCUUACUGUCAUCAGAAAAAGAUCUGGAUGUGUUUGACCUGAAGAAAUACUCUGCUUCAGAGGAGGUUCUUCUGAGGCUGCUCCCAGUGGUCAAAGCCUCCAGCAAAGCUCUGUUGAGUGGCUGUAACCUCUCAGAGAGAAGCUGUGCACCUCUGUCCUCAGUUCUCAGCUCCCAGUCCUCUAGUCUGAGAGAUCUGGACCUGAGUAACAACGACCUGCAGAAUUCAGGAGUGAAGCAGCUUUCUGUUGGACUGGAGAGUCCACACUGUGGACUGGAAACUCUCAGUCUGUCAGGAUGUCUGAUCACAGAGGAAGGCUGUGCUUCUCUGGCCUCAGCUCUGAGUGCCAACCCCUCCCAUCUGAGAGAGCUGGACCUGAGCUACAAUCAUCCAGGAGACUCAGGAGAGAAGCUUCUGUCUGCUGGACUGGAGAAUCCACACUGGAGACUGGACACUCUCAGAAUGGAGCAUGGUGGACUGCAGAGACUGAAACCUGGUGUGAGGAAGUAUGCCUGUGAACUGGAACUGGAUCCAAACACAAUGAACAGAAAACUCAAACUGUCUGAUAACAACAGGAAGGUGACACAUGUGGAGGAGGAUCAGUCAUAUCCUGAUCAUCCAGACAGAUUUGACUCCUGGUCUCAGCUGCUGUGUAGAAAUGAUCUGACUGGUCGCUGUUACUGGGAGGUCGAGUGGAGAGGAAGAGUCUCUAUAUCAGUGAGUUACAGAAGAAUCAGCAGGAAAGGAGGCAAUUCUGACUGUUGGUUUGGAGGGAAUGAUCAGUCCUGGAGUCUGUGGUGCUCUGAUUAUUAUGGUUACUCUGUCCGUCACAAUAACAGAGAAACACCCAUCUCCUCCUCCUCCUCCUCCUCCGUCUCUAACAGAGUAGCAGUGUAUGUAGACUGUCCUGCUGGCACUCUGUCCUUCUACAGAGUCUCCUCUGACACACUGAUCCACCUCCACACCUUCAACACCACAUUCACUGAACCUCUGUAUGCUGGGUUUUGGGUCUGUCCUGGUUCAGUCUCUCUGUGUCCUCUGUAGGAGAGAGAGUCUCUCUGGUUCCUCUGUAGGAGGGAGAGUCUCUCUGGU